CUUAUAAUAUGUGUAUGUAGCUUGGUCUUAUUAAAAACGAAGUGAAAAAUAUAAAAGAUAAAGUAGUUACCGGCAGUAAUUCAAAAUGAACAUAUUGGUGUUUUUGGCAUACGUGCUUUAUGUUGGUAGAAUACAAUUUGCCAUAAGCACAUCAACCGAGACUUUAUUAGACACAACAAUAUCAACAUCACCCGAACAAAAAAAUGAAAGCACAACAAGCAAAACAUUGCCAUAUAUCCCUGAAACAUUUACUAAUUCAACACCACAGGCAUCUACUGAUUCAAAUCCGAAGUCUUCUACUGAUUCAACGGCAGAAUCGCCCACUGAUUCAACUCCAGAGUCUCCAACUGAAUCAACAUCAGACUCGUCCACCAAUUUAACACCAGAGUCAUAUACAGACUCAACACCUGACUUUUCAACUAACUCAACUCCAGAAUCAUUAACUGAUUCAUCUCCAGAGUCCACUGACUCAACACCAGAAUCAGCUACUAACUCACCUCCACAGCCUUCAACUGACUCAACACCAUGGUCGUCCACUGACUCAAAACCAGAAUCAUCCACUGAUUCCACACCAGAAUCAUCCACUGAUUCCACACCAGAACUUUCAAGUGAUUCAACUCCAGAAUCUUCUACUGAGUAUAAUCCAGAUUCUUCUACUGGUUCAACACCAAAAUCGUCAACUGAUUCAACGUCAGAAUCGUAUACUAACUCAACACCAGAAUCAUCCACUGACUCAAUACCAGAGUCAUCUACUGAUUCAGCACCAGCAUCUUCAACUGAUUCAACACCAGAAACGUCAAGUGAUUCAACUCCGGAAACUUCUACUGAUUCUACACCAGACUCCUCUACUGGCUCAACACAAGAAUCGUCAACUGAAUCAACAUCCGAAUCUUCAACUGACUCAACGCUAGAGCCGUCCACUAGCUCAACACAAGAAUCGCCAACUGAUUCAACUAUAGAAUCGUCCACUGACUUAGCACAAGAAUCGUCAACUGAUUCAACUCCACAGACUUCAACGGACUCAACGCCAGAGUCGUCGACUGAUUCAACUCCAGAGUCUUCAACUGAAUCAACACCAGAAUCUUCAACUGAUUCAAUUACAGAAUCGUCCACUGACUCUACAUCAGAAUCAUUCACUGAUUCAAUUCCAGAAUCGUCCACUGAUUCAACACCAGAAUCAUCCACUGAUUCAACUCCAGAAUCAUCCACUGAUUCAACUCCAGAAUUCUCAGCUGACUCAACACCAGUGUCGUCCACUGAUUCAACAUCAGAAUCGUCAACUGAUUCAACUCCACAGUCUUCAACCGACUCAAAAUCAGAAUCAUCCACUGAUUCAACAUCAGAAUCGUCCACUGAUUCAACACUAGAAUCAUCCACUGAUUCAACGCCAGAAUCAACCACUGAUUCAACUCUAGAGUCAUCAACGGACUCAACACCAGAUUCGUCCACUGACUCAACGCCAGAAUCAUCUACUGAUUCAACUCCAGAUUCUUCAACUGACUUAACACCAGAAUCUUCCACUAAUUCAAAUCCAGAAUCGUCCACUGAUUCAACACCAGAAUUAUCCACUGAUUCAACUCCAGUGUCGUCCACUGAUUCAACAUCAGAAUCGUCAACUGAUUCAACUCCACAAUCUUCAACUGACUCAACACCAGAAUCGUCAACUGAUUCAACUCCAGAAUCGUCCACUGAUUCAACACAAGAAUCAUCCACUGAUUCAACUCCAGAGUCCUCAACUGACUCAACACCAGUGUCGUCCACUGACACAACACAAGAAUCGUCAACUGAUUCAACUUCAGAGUCCUCAACUGACUCAAUACCAGAAUCAUCCACUGAUUCAACAUCAGAAUCGUCUACUUAUUCAACAUCAGAAUCCUCUACUGAUUCAACUCCAGAGUCCUCAACUGACUCAACACCAGAGACGUCCACUGACUCAACUCAAGAAUCGUCAUCUGAUUCAACUCCAGAGUCGUCAUCUGAUUCAACUCCAGAGCCUGAAUCAACACCAGAAUCUUCAUUUGAUUCAACUACAGAAUCGUCCACUGACUCUACAUUAGAAUCAUCUACUGAUGCAAUAUCAGAAUCGUCCACUGAUUCAACAUCAGAAUCGUCAACUGAUUCAAAUCCACAGUCUUCAACGGACUCUACACCAGUGUCGUCCACUGACUCAACACCAGAAUCGUCAACUGAUUCAACUCCAGAUUUUUCAACUGAGUCAACACCAGAAACUUCCACUGAUUCAACUCCAGAAUCGUCCACUGAUUCAACACCAGAAUCAUCCACUGAUUCAACUCCAGAGUACUCAACUGACUCAACACAAGUGUCGUCCACUUACUCAACACAAGAAUCGUCAACUGAUUCAACAUCAGUAUCGUCAACUGAUUCAACUUCAGAAAGUUCAACAGGCUCAACACCAGAAUAUUCCACUGAUUCAACAUCAGAAUCCUCUACUGAUUCAACUCCAAAGUCCUCAACUGACUCAACGUCAGAAUCAUCCACUGAUUCAAUAUCAGAGUCAUCGACUGAUUCAACGGCAGAGUAUUCUACUGAUUCAACACCAGAAUCUUCCACUGAUUCAACUCCAGAGUCUUCUACUGAUUCAACACCCGAGUCUUCUACUGAAUCAUCGCCAACGUCAGAAUCCUCCACUGAUUCAACUCCAGAAUCAUCCACUGAUUCAACACCAGAAUCAUCCACUGAUUCAACACCAGAAUCAUCCACUGAUUCAACUUCAGAGUCUUCUACUGAUUCAACACCAGUAUCAUCCACUGAUUCAACAUCAGAGUUGUCCACUGAUUCAACACCUGAGUCUUCUACUGAUUCAACUCCAGAAUCAUCUACUGAUUCAACAACAGAGUCUUCUACUAAUUCAACUUCAGAGUCUUCUACUGAAUCAACACCAGAAUCAUCCACUGACUCAACACCAGAAUCAUUCAGUGAUUCAAUACCAGAGUCUUCUACUGAUUCAACACCCGAAUCUUACACUGAUUCAACUCCAGAAUCUUCUACUGAUUCAACACCAGAAUCAUCUACUGACUCAACUCCAGAGUCUUCCACUGAUUCAACACCAGAAUUAUCUACUGGUUCAACACCUGAAUCUUCCACUGAUUCAACACCAGAAUCUGCCACUGAUUCAACACCAGAGUCUUCCACUGAUUCAACACCAGAUUUAUCCACUGAUUCAACACCAGAAUUAUCUACUGAUUCAACACCAGAAUUAUCUACUGAUUCAACACCAGAAUCUUCUACUGAUUCAACACCAGAAUCAUCUACUGACUCAACUCCAGAGUCUUCCACUGACUCAACACCAGAAUUAUCUACUGAUUCAACACCAGAAUUAUCUACUAAUUCAACAACAGAUUUCUCUACUGAUUCAACUCCAGAAUCAUCUACUGAUUCAACAACAGAGUCUUCUACUAAUUCAACUCCAGAGUCUUUUACUGAAUCAACACCAGAAUCAUCCACUGACUCAACACCAGAAUCAUCCACUGAUUUAACACCAGAGUCUUCUACUGAUUCAACACCCGAAUCUUCCACUGAUUCAACUCCAGAAUCUUCUACUGAUUCAACACCAGAAUUAUCUACUGACUCAACUUCAGAGUCUUCCACUGAAUCAACACCAGAAUUAUCUACUGAUUCAACACCAGAAUUAUCUACUGAUUCAACACCAGAAUCUGCUACUGAUUCAACACCAGAAUUAUCUACUGACUCAAAUCCAGAGUCUUCCACUGAUUCAACACCAGAAUUAUCUACUGAUUCAACACCAGAACUAUCUACUGAUUCAACACCAGAGUCUUCUACUGAUUCAACUCCAGAAUCAUCUACUAAUUUAACAACAGAGUCUUCUACUAAUUCAACUCCAGAGUCUUCUACUGAAUCAACACCAGAGUCUUCUACUGAUUCAACACCCGAAUCUUCCACUGAUUCAACUCCAGAAUCUUCUACUGAUUCAACACCAGAAUCAUCUACUGACUCAACUCCAGAGUCUUCCACAGAUUCAAAACCAGAAUUAUCUACUGAUUCAACACCAGAAUUAUCUACUGAUUCAACACCAGAAUCAUCCACUGCUUCAACAUCAGAAUCUUCUACUGAUUCAACGUCAGAAUCAUCCACUGAUUCAAUAUCAGAGUCAUCGACUGAUUCAACACCAGAGUCUUCAACUGAUUCAACUUCAGAAUCGUCCACUGACUCACCACCGGAGUUUUCCACUGAUUCAACAACAGCAACUUCAACAGACUCAACAUCAGAAUCGUCAAGUGAUUCAACACCAGAAACAUCCACUGACUCAACACAAGAAUCGUCAACUGAAUCAACAUCAGAAUCAUCCACUGAAUUAACUCCAGAGUCUUCAACGGACUCAACGCCAGAGUCGUCAUCUGAUUCAACUCCAGAGUCUUCAACUUCAUCAGAAUCUUCGACUGAUUCAACUCCAGAGUCUUCAACAGAUUUAACAUCAGAACCUUCAACUGAUUCAACUACAGAGUCUUUUACUGAUUCAACACCAGAAUCAUUAACUGAUUCAACAUCAGAAUCUUCUAGUGAUUCAACUUCAGAAUCUUCUACUGAUUCAACGCCAGAAUCUUCCACUGACUCAACACCAGAACCAUCUACUGAUUCAACAUUAGAGUUGUCCACUGAUUCAACACCUGAGUCUUCUACUGAUUCAACUCCAGAAUCAUCUACUGAUUCAACAACAGAGUCUUCUACUAAUUCAACUUCAGAGUCUUCUACUGAAUCAACACCAGAAUCAUCCACUGACUCAACACCAGAAUCAUUCACUGAUUCAACACCAGAGUCUUCUACUGAUUCAACACCCGAAUCUUACACUGAUUCAACUCCAGAAUCUUCUACUGAUUCAACACCAGAAUCAUCUACUGACUCAACUCCAGAGUCUUCCACUGAUUCAACACCAGAAUUAUCUACUGAUUCAACACCAGAAUUAUCUACUGAUUCAACACCAGAAUCUUCUACUGAUUCAACACCAGAAUUAUCUACUGACUCAACUCCAGAGUCUUCCACUGAUUCAACACCAGAAUUAUCUACUGAUUCAACACCUGAAUCUUCCACUGAUUCAACACCAGAAUCUGCCACUGAUUCAACACCAGAGUCUUCUACUGAUCCAACUCCAGAGUCUUCAACUGACUCAACUCCAGAGUCUUCCACUGAUUCAACUCCAGAAUUAUCUACUGAUUCAACACCAGAAUUAUCUACUGAUUCAACACCAGAAUCUUCUGCUGAUUCAACACCAGAAUCAUCUACUGACUCAACUCCAGAGUCUUCCACUGAUUCAACACCAGAAUUAUCUACUGAUUCAACACCAGAAUUAUCUUUUGAUUCAACACCAGAAUUAUCUACUGAUUCAACACCAGAAUCUUCUGCUGAUUCAACACCAGAAUCAUCUACUGACUCAACUCCAGAGUCUUCCACUGAUUCAACACCAGAAUUAUCUACUGAUUCAACACCAGAAUUAUCUACUGAUUCAACAACAGAGUCUGCUACUGAUUCAACUCCAGAGUCUUCUACUGAAUCAACACCAGAGUCAUCUUCUGAUUCAACACCAGAAUCAUCCACUGAUUCAACAUCAGAGUCGUCCACUGAUUCAACACCAGAGCCUUCUACUGAUUCAACUCCAGAAUCUUCUACUGAUUCAACUCCAGAAUCUUCUACUGAUUCAACACCAGAAUCAUCUACUGAUUCAACACCAGAAAUAUCUACUGAUUCAACACCAGAAUUAUCUACUGAUUCAACACCAGAAUCUUCUACUGAUUCAACACCAGAAUUAUCUACUGACUCAACUCCAGAGUCUUCUACUGAUUCAACUCCAGAGUCUUCUACUGAAUCAACACCAGAGUCAUCUUCUGAUUCAACACCAGAAUCAUCCACUGAUUCAACAUCAGAGUCGUCCACUGAUUCAACACCAGAGCCUUCUACUGAUUCAACUCCAGAAUCUUCUACUGAUUCAACACCAGAAUCAUCUACUGACUCAACUCCAGAGUCUUCCACUGAUUCAACACCAGAAAUAUCUACUGAUUCAACACCAGAAUUAUCUACUGAUUCAACACCAGAAUCUUCUACUGAUUCAACACCAGAAUUAUCUACUGACUCAACUCCAGAGUCUUCCACUGAUUCAACACCAGACUUAUCUACUGAUUCAACACCAGAACUAUCAACUGAUUCAACACCAGAGUCUUCUACUGACUCAACUCCAGAAUCAUCUACUGAUUCAACAACAGAGUCUUCUACUAAUUCAACUCCAGAGUCUUCUACUGAAUCAACACCAGGAUCAUCCACUGACUCAACACCAGAAUUAUCCACUGAUUCAACACCAGAGUCUCCUACUGAUUCAACACCCGAAUCUUCCACUGAUUCAACUCCAGAAUCUUCUACUGAUUCAACACCAGAAUUAUCUACUGAUUCAACACCAGAAUUAUCUACUGAUUCAACACCAGAAUCAUCCACUGCUUCAACAUCAGAAUCUUCUACUGAUUCAACACCAGAGUCUUCUACUGAUUCAACUACAGAAUCAUCUACUGAUUCAACAACAGAGUCUUCUACUAAUUCAACUCCAGAGUCUUCUACUGAAUCAACACCAGAAUCAUCCACUGAUUCAACUACAGAGUCUUCUACUGAUUCAACACCCGAAUCUUCCACUGAUUCAACUCCAGAAUCUUCUACUGAUUCAACAUCAGAAUUAUCUACUGAUUCAACACCAGAAUUAUCUACUGAUUCAACACCAGAAUCAUCCACUGCUUCAACAUCAGAAUCUUCUACUGAUUCAACACCAGAGUCUUCAACUGCAUCAACACAAGAAUCUUCAACUGAUUCAACUCCAGAAUCGUCCACUGACUCACCACCGGAGUUUUCCACUGAUUCAACAACAGCAACUUCCACAGACUCAACAUCAGAAUCCUCAAGUGAUUCAACACCAGAAACAUCCAUUGACUCAACACAAGAAUCGUCAACUGAAUCAACAUCAGAAUCAUCCACUGAAUUAACUCCAGAGUCUUCAACGGACUCAACGCCAGAGUCGUCAUCUGAUUCAACUCCAGAGUCUUCAACUUCAUCGGAAUCUUCGACUGAUUCAACUCCAGAGUCUUCAACAGAUUCAACAUCAGAACCUUCAACUGAUUCAACUACAGAGUCUUUUCCUGAUUCAACACCAGAAUCGUCCACUGAUUCAACACCAGAAUCUUCUAGUGAUUCAACUUUAGAAUCUUCUACUGAUUCAACACCAGAAUCUUCCACUGACUCAACACCAGAAUCAUCCACUGAUUCAACAUCAGAAUCUUCUACUGACACGUCACCUGAAUCAUCCACUGAUUCAACACCAGAAUCGACCACUGAAUCAACACCAGAAUCAUCCACUGACUCAACACCAGAUUCAUCCACAAAUUCUACUCCAGAGUUUUCAACUGAUUCAACAUCAGAAUCGUCAACUUCAGAAUCUUCAACUGACUCAACACCAGAAUCUUCAACUGAUUCAACUCCAGAAUCGUCCACUGACUCAACACCAGAGUUCUCAACUGAUUCAACACCAGUAUCUUCAACUGAUUCAACACCAGAAUCGUCAAGUGAUUCCAAUACAGAAUCUUCUACUGAUUCUACUCCAUAUUCUUCUACUGACUCAACACCAGAAUUGUCAUCUGAUUCAACAUCAGAAUUGUCCACUGAUUCAACUUCAGAAUCGUCCACUGAUUCAACACCAGAAUCGUCAACUGAUUCAACAUCAGAUUCUGCUACUGAUUCAACGCCAGAGUCGUCAUCUGAUUCAACACCCGAGUCUUCUACUGAAUCAUCGCCAACGCCAGAAUCCUCCACUGAUUCAACUCCAGAAUCAUCCACUGAUUCAACACCAGAAUCAUCCACUGAUUCAACACCAGAAUCAUCCACUGAUUCAACUUCAGAAUCUUCUACUGAUUCAACACCAGUAUCAUCCACUGAUUCAACACCAGAAUCUUUUACUGAUUCAACACCAAAGUCUUCUUCAGAUUCAACACCAGAGUCAUCUUCUGAUUCAACACCAGAAUCAUCCACUGAUUCAACAUCAGAGUCGUCCACUGAUUCAACACCAGAGUCUUCUACUGAUUCAACUCCAGAAUCAUCCACUGAUUCAACACCAGAGUCUUCUACUGAUUCAACACCCGAAUCUUCCACUGAUUCAACUCCACAAUCUUCUACUGAUUCAACACCAGAAUCAUCUACUGACUCAACUCCAGAGUCUUCCACUGAUUCAAUACCAGAAUUAUCUACUGAUUCAACACCAGAAUCUUCCACUGAUUCAACACCAGAAUCUUCCACUGAUUCAACACCAGAGUCUUCUACUGAUCCAACUUCAGAAUCAUCUACUGAUUCAACAUCAGAAUCUUCUACUGACUCAACUCCAGAUUUAUCUACUGAUUCAACUCCAGAGUCUUCUACUGAUUCAAAACCCGAUUCUUCCACUGAUUCAACUCCACAAUCUUCUACUGAUUCAACACCAGAAUCAUCUACUGACUCAACUCCAGAGUCUUCCACUGAUUCAAUACCAGAAUUAUCUACUGAUUCAACACCAGAAUCUUCCACUGAUUCAACACCAGAAUCUUCCACUGAUUCAACACCAGAAUCCACUGAUUCAACAUCAGAGUCUUCUACUGAUCCAACACCAGAAUUAUCUACUGAUUCAACACCAGAAUCCACUGAUUCAACAUCAGAGUCGUCCACUGAUUCAACACCAGAGUCUUCUACUGAUUCAACUCCAGAAUCAUCCACUGAUUCAACACCAGAGUCUUCUACGGAUUCAACACCCGAAUCUUCCACUGAUUCAACUCCACAAUCUUCUACUGAUUCAACACCAGAAUCAUCUACUGACUCAACUCCAGAGUCUUCCACUGAUUCAAUACCAGAAUUAUCUACUGAUUCAACACCAGAAUCUUCCACUGAUUCAACACCAGAGUCUUCUACUGAUCCAACUUCAGAAUCAUCUACUGAUUCAACAUCAGAAUCUUCUACUGACUCAACUCCAGAUUCAUCUACUGAUUCAACUCCAGAGUCUUCAACUGAUUCAACUACAGAGUCUUCUACUGAUUCAACACCAGAAUCAUCCACUGAUUCAACACCUAAAUCUUCUACUGAUUCAACUCCAGAAUCGUCCACUGACUCAACGUCAGAAUCAUCCACUGAUUCAAUAUCAGAGUCAUCGACUGAUUCAACACCAGAGUCUUCAACUGCAUCAACACAAGAAUCUUCAACUGAUUCAACUCCAGAAUCGUCCACUGACUCACCACCGGAGUUUUCCACUGAUUCAACAACAGCAACUUCAACAGACUCAACAUCAGAAUCGUCAAGUGAUUCAACACCAGAAACAUCCACUGACUUAACACAAGAAUCGUCAACUGAAUCAACAUCAGAAUCUUUCACUGAAUUAACUCCAGAGUCUUCAACGGACUCAACGCCAGAGUCGUCAUCUGAUUUAACUCCAGAGUCUUCAACUUCAUCAGAAUCUUCGACUGAUUCAACUCCAGUGUCUUCAACUGAUUCAACAUCAGAACCUUCCACUGAUUCAACUACAGAGUCUUAUACUGAUUCAACACCAGAAUCAUCCACUGAUUCAACAUCAGAAUCUUCUAGUGAUUCAAAUUUAGAAUCUUCUACUGAUUCAACACCAGAAUCUUCCACUGACUCAACACCAGAAUCAUCCACUGAUUCAACAUCAGAAUCUUCUACUGACACGUCACCUGAAUCAUCCACUGAUUCAGCACCAGAAUCGACCACUGAAUCAACACCAGAAUCAUCCACUGACUCAACACCAGAUUCAUCCACAAAUUCUACUCCAGAGUUUUCAACUGAUUCAACAUCAGAAUCGUCAACUUAUUCAACUUCAGAAUCUUCAACUGACUCAACACCAGAAUCUUCAACUGAUUCAACUCCAGAAUCGUCCACUGAUUCAACACCAGAGUUCUCCACUGAUUCAACACCAGUAUCUUCAACUGACUCAACACCAGAAUCGUCAAGUGAUUCCAAUACAGAAUCUUCUACUGAUUCUACUCCAUAUUCUUCUACUGACUCAACGCCAGAAUUGUCAUCUGAUUCAACAUCAGAAUUAUCCACUGAUUCAACUUCAGAAUCGUCCACUGAUUCAACACCAGAAUCUUUAACUGAUUCAACUCCAGAAUCGUCCACUGACUCAACACCAGAAUCAUCCACUGAUUCAACACCAGAGUCUUCUACUGAAUCAACACCAGAAUCAUCCACUGACUCAACACCAGAGUCCUCCACUGAUUCAACACCAGUAUCUUCAACAGACUCAACACCAGAAUCGUCAAGUGAUUCCACUACAGAAUCUUCUACUGAUUCUACUCCAUAUUCUUCUACUGACUCAACACCAGAAUUGUCAACUGAUUCAACAUCAGAAUUAUCCACUGAUUCAACUUCAGAAUCGUCCACUGAUUCAACACCAGCAUCUUCAACUGAUUCAACACCAGAUUCUUCUACUGAUUCAACAUCAGAAUCUUCAACUGACACAUCACCUGUUUCAACACCAGAAUCGACCACUGAAUCAACACCAGAAUCAUCCACUGACUCAACACCAGAGUCCUCCACUAAUUCUACUCCAGAGUUUUCAACUGACUCAACAUCAGAGUCCACUGGUUCAACACAAGAAUCGUCAACUGAUUCAACAUCAGAGUCAUUGACUUAUCCAACUCCAGAGUCUUCAACUAACUCAACACCGGAAUUUUCAACUGAUUCAACUCCAGAAACUUGUACAGAGUUAACACCAGAACCAUCCACUGGCUCAACACCAGAAUCAUCUAGUGAUUCAACACCAGAAUUGUCCACGGAUUCAGCUCCAGAGUCUACAACUGAUUUAACAACAGAAUCAUCUACUUCAUCCACAACCACACCAACAACAACAACCACUACCAUGCCGACUACGACACCCACUACUACACCAGCUACUACGCCUAGUACUACCACACCUACUACUACACCUACUACCACGCCAACUACUACGCCUACUACCACACCUACUACUACUCCUACUACUAGGCCUACUACUACGCCCACUACAACGCCAACUACCAUUCCUACUACAACACCUUUUACUACUUCUACAACACCUGGAGUUGUAUGUAACGUACCUCCACCACAGUGUUAUCGAAAUGGUAAUGGCUUCUGUCGAACUUUUAGCACAAGCUGUGAGGCGUAUAAUACAAAUAGCUGUGUAAUACAAAAUAGUAAAAUGGAAUGGAAGGUGAGCCGUGCAUCUAAUGAUUGUAUCGAACGUGAACCUGGUCAAAUUAAAGUUUGCUCUAGUGAUUGUAGAUUUUAUAUGAAUGCUGAUUGUCGAAGUAUAGAUCCCACUCCCGUUUGUGGAUCCAGCAUAGAAAUGCAGAAAUGUAGAAGGUUUGCCAGUUUGUGUGCAUUAAAGAAAGUAGCGUGCAAUAAUGGGAUGCUAGAUUGGACUAUAGCAAAGGAUUCCAGAAUGUGUAAUAAUCUGGGAAUUAAUGCUCCAGCGGUUCCUUGCACUGUUAAGUUCUUUUUGCUAUACGUGCUAUAUGCUGGCAAGAUACAAUCCGCUAUAAGUGCAUCAACAGACACAACAAUAAUAACAACGCAAGAUCCAAAAAUUGAAAGUACAACAAAGGCAACAUUGUCAUCUACUCCAGAAACCUUUACCGAUACAACACCCGAAACUUCUACAGAAUCUACCUCGUCCACUGAUUCAACACAAGAAUCUUCCACUGAUUCAACUUCCGAGUCUUCUACUGAAUCAACACCAGAAUCAUCUACUGAUUCAACUCCAGAAUCAUCCACUGAUUCGACACCAGAAUCAUCCAGUGAUUCAACACCAGAAUCUUCCACUGACUCGACACCAGAAUCAUCCACUGAUUCAACUUCAGAGUCUUCUACUGGUUCAACAACAGAAACAUCCACUCAUUCAACACAAGAAUCAUCCACUGACCCAACACCAGAAUCAUCUACUGACUCAACACCAGAUUCAUCCAGUGAUUCAACGUCAGAAUCAUCCACAGAUACAACACCAGAAUCAUCCACUGAUUCAACUCCAGAAUCAUCCACUGAUUCGACACCAGAAUCAUCCACUGAUUCAACACCAGAAUCUUCUACUGACUCGACACCAGAAUCAUCCACUGAUUCAACUUCAGAGUCUUCUACUGAUUCAACAACAGAAACAUCCACUGAUUUAACACCAGAAUCAUCCACUGACUCAACACCAGAAUCAUCUACUGACUCGACACCAGAAUCAUCCAGUGAUUCAACACCAGAAUCUUCCACAGAUUCAACACCAGAAUCAUCCACUGAUUCAACACCAGAAUCUUCUACUGAUUCAACACCAGAAUCAUCUACUGACUCAUCAUCAGAAACUUCAACUGACUCAACUCCGGAGUCUUCCACUGAUUCAACACCAGAAUCAUCUACUGAUUCAACACCAGAGUCUUCUACUGAUUCAACUCCAGAGUCUUCUACAGACUCGACACCAGAAUCAUCUACUGAUUCAACUCCAGAGUCUUCUACUGAUUCAACACCAGAAUCUUCUACUGAUUCAACACCAGAAUCUUCUACUGAAUUAACGCCAGAGUCUUCUACUGAUUCAACAUCAGAAUCAUCCACUGACUCAACACCAGAAUCGUCCACUGACUCAACACCAGAAUCAUCUACUGACUCAACUCCAGAGUCUUCCACUGAUUCAACACCAGAAUUAUCUACUGAUUCAACACCAGAGUCUUCUACUGAUUCAACAUCAGAAUCAUCCACUGACUCAACACCAGAAUCGUCCACUGACUCAACACCAGAAUCAUCUACUGACUCAACUCCAGAGUCUUCUACAGACUCGACACCAGAAUCAUCUACUGAUUCAACUCCAGAGUCUUCUACUGAUUCAACACCAGAAUCUUCUACUGAUUCAACACCAGAAUCUUCUACUGAAUUAACACCAGAGUCUUCUACUGAUUCAACAUCAGAAUCAUCCACUGACUCAACACCAGAAUCAUCCACUGAUUCAACACCAGAAUCUUCCACUGAUUCAACACCAGAGUCUUCUACUGAUUCAACUCCAGAAUCAUCUACUUCUUCAACAUCAGAAUCGUCUACUGACUCAACUCAAGAGUCUUCCACUGAUUCAACGCCAGAGUCGUCAUCUGAUUCAACUCCAGAAUCUUCUACUGAUUCAACACCAGAAUCUUCUACUGAAUUAACGCCAGAGUCUUCUACUGAUUCAACAUCAGAAUCAUCCACUGACUCAACACCAGAAUCGUCCACUGACUCAACACCAGAAUCAUCUACCGACUCAACUCCAGAGUCUUCCACUGAUUCAACACCAGAAUUAUCUACUGAUUCAACACCAGAGUCUUCUACUGAUUCAACAUCAGAAUCAUCCACUGACUCAACACCAGAAUCGUUCACUGACUCAACACCAGAAUCAUCUACCGACUCAACUCCAGAGUCUUCCACUGAUUCAACACCAGAAUCAUCUACUGAUUCAACUCCAGAAUCUUCUACUGAUUCAACUCCAGAGUCUUCUACUGAUUCAACACCAGAGUCGUCCACUGACUCAACACCAGAAUCAUCCACUGAUUCAACACCAGAGUCUUCUACUGAUUCAACACCCGUAUCUUCUACUGAUUCAACUCCAGAAUCUUCUACUGAUUCAACACCAGAGUCUUCUUCUGAUUCAACACCAGAAUCAUCUACUUAUUCAACACCAGAAUCAUCUACUUAUUCAACACCAGAGUCUUCUACUGAUUCAACACCAGAAUCAUCUACUGACUCAACUCCAGAGUCUUCUACAGACUCGACACCAGAAUCAUCUACUGAUUCAACUCCAGAGUCGUCCACUGACUCAACACCAGAAUCAUCCACUGAUUCAACACCAGAGUCUUCUACUGACUCAACACCGGAGUCAUCCACUGAUUCAACACCAGAAUUAUCUACUGAUUCAACAACAGAGUCUUCUUCAGAUUCAACUCCAGAGUCAUCUUCUGAUUCAACACCAGAAUCAUCUACAGAUUCAACACCAGAGUAUUCUUCAGAUUCAACUCCAGAGUCUUCCACUGAUUCAACACCAGAAUCAUCGACUGAUUCAACACCAGAGUCUUCUACUGAUUCAACACCAGAAUCGUCCACUGACUCAACACCAGAAUCAUCCACUGAUUCAACACCAGAGUCUUCUUCUGAUUCAACACCAGAAUCAUCUACUGAUUCCACACCAGAGUCUUAUUCUGAUUCAACACCAGAAUCAUCUACUGAUUCAACACCAGAGUCUUCUACUGAUUCAACUUCAGAGUCUUCUACUGAUUCAACACCAGAAUCAUCCACUGACUCAACACCAGAAUCAUCCACUGAUUCAACAACAGAAUCAUCCACUGAUUCAACAUCAGAAUCAUCCACUGACUCAACACCAGAAACGUCCACUGACUCAACACCAGAAUCAUCCACUGAUUCAACACCAGAAUCUUCUACUGAAUCAUCGCCAACGCCAGAAUCAUCCACUGAUUCAACACCAGAAUCUUCCACUGAUUCAACACCAGAAUCAUCUACUGAUUCGACACCAGAAUCAUCUACUGACUCAACUCCAGAGUCUUCCACUGAUUCAACACCAGAAUCAUCUACUGAUUCAACACCAGAGUCUUCUUCAGAUUCAACUCCAGAGUCAUCUUCUGAUUCAACACCAGAAUCAUCUACAGAUUCAACACCAGAAUCAUCUACAGAUUCAACACCAGAGUCUUCCACUGAUUCAACACCAGAAUCAUCCACUGAUUCAACAUCAGAUUCUUCUACGGAUUCAACUCCAGAGUCUUCCACUGAUUCAACACCAGAAUCUUCUACUGAUUCAACUCCAGAGUCUUCUACUGAUUCAACACCAGAAUCGUCCUCUGACUCAACACCAGAAUCAUCCAGUGACUCAACACCAGAGUCUUCUACUGAUUCAACACCAGAAUCGUCCACCGAUUCAACACCAGAAUCUUUUACUGAUUCGACACCAGAGUCUUCUACUGAUUCAACACCAGAAUCAUCCACUGACUCAACACCAGAAUUAUCCACUGAUUCAACACCAGAAUCAUCUACUGAUUCAACAUCAGAAUCAUCCACUGAUUCAACACCAGAGUCUUCUACUGAUUCAACACCCGAAUCUUCUACUGAAUCAUCGCCAACGCCAGAAUCAUCCACUGAUUCAACACCAGAAAAUUCUACUGAUUCAACACCAGAAUCAUCUACUGAUUCGACACCAGAAUCAUCUACUGACUCAACUCCAGAGUCUUCCACUAAUUCAACACCAGAAUCAUCUACUGAUUCAACACCAGAGUCUUCUUCAGAUUCAACUCCAGAGUCAUCUUCUGAUUCAACACCAGAAUCAUCUACAGAUUCAACACCAGAAUCAUCUACAGAUUCAACACCGGAGUCUUCCACUGAUUCAACGCCAGAAUCAUCCACUGAUUCAACAUCAGAUUCAUCUACGGAUUCAACUCCAGAGUCUUCUACUGAUUCAACACCAGAAUCAUCCACUGACUCAACACCAGAAUCAUCCACUGACUCAACACCAGAAUCAUCUACUGAUUCAACACCAGAGUCUUCUACUGAUUCAACACCAGAGUCUUCUACUGAUUCAACACCAGAAUCGUCCACUGACUCAACACCAGAAUCAUCCACUGAUUCAACACCAGAGUCUUCUACUGAUUCAACACCAGAGUCUUCUUCUGAUUCAACACCAGAGUCUUCUACUGAUUCAACACCAGAGUCUUCUACUGAUUCAACACCAGAAUCGUCCACUGACUCAACACCAGCAUCAUCCACUGAUUCAACACCAGAGUCUUCUUCUGAUUCAACACCAGAGUCUUCUUCUGAUUCAACACCAGAAUCAUCCACUGAUUCAACAUCAGAUUCUUCUACGGAUUCAACUCCAGAGUCUUCUACUGAUACAACUCAAGAUUCUUCUACUGAUUCAACGCCAGAAUCAUCCACUGAUUCAACACCAGAAUCAUCCACUGACUCAACACCAGAAUCAUCUACUGGGUCAACACCAGGAUCUUCUACAGGUUCGACUCCAGAGACUUCUACAGAUUCAACACCAGAAUCAUCCACUGAUACAACUCCAGAGUCUUCUACUGAUUCAACACCAGAAUCGUCAACUGAUUCAACUCCAGAGUCUUCUACUGAUUCAACACCAGAAUCUACAACUACGCCAACUACUAUUACUACUACAACACCUUUUACUACUUCUACGACACCUGGAGUUGUAUGUACCGUACCUCCACCACAGUGUUAUAAAAAUGAUAAUGGAUUCUGCCGUACUUUUAGCACAAGCUGUGAAGUGUACAAUACAAAUAACUGUGUCAUACAAAGUAGUAAAAUGGAGUGGAAGAAGAGCACAGCGACGGAUGAUUGUAUCGAACGCGAACCUGGACAAGUUAAAGUUUGCUAUAGUGAAUGUGAUAAGUAUAAGAAUGCUGAUUGUCCGAGUAUUGAUUCCACUCCUGUCUGUGGCACCAGCAAAGACAUGCAAAAAUGUAGAAAGUUUGCUAGUUUGUGUGCAUUAAAGAAAGUAUCAUGUAAUAAUGGAAUGUUAGAUUGGACUUUAUCGAGUGAUCCGAGUAAGUGCGAUGGCCUAGGAAUAAAUGCUCCUGCCGUUUCUUGCACUGUCAAAUGAUUUUUAACGUAUAAGUUAUAUAAAUAAUAAUGUUUAAAUUAUAGUAAAUAGAUUUUAUUUUUUCAUAAAUAUUUUGCGAAACGAAUAAACAGAAUCGAGAACAUUGGUAAAAUUUCCUAUAAUUAGGAAAUUUCUA